ACGUCAGUUACCAUAACCAGGCAAGCCAGGUAAUUUAAUACCUGGUCGUCGCAUAGAAAUCACCAUUAUUCACGCGGCUCUUGGAGCUUAGGACGAUUGAAGUGGUACUUGCUCCCAACGCCCACUCUGUUUAACGCAGGUCGCCACCGUCCCUCGCGUACUGGUGCUUCAAAAGCUGGUGCGCCGCGUCGCCAUCUUGAGAUUCAAUGGACGCAUAUGACGUGCCCGAUUCAACCGACUGGCUCAACACCCCACUUGCGGGCUUGAUGUCAGUCGAGCAGGCUUUUCGAUGUCACGUCUGCAAAGACUUCUACAACACCCCAAUGAUCACCUCGUGCAGCCAUACAUUCUGCUCCCUUUGCAUUCGGAGGUCUCUAAGCGUCGACGGAAAGUGCCCGCUAUGCCGCGCAACGGACCAGGAAAACAAGCUUAGGGGCAAUCACGCUAUGCGGGAGGCUGUGGAUGCCUUCGUGCAAGCCCGUACUUCCGUUCUCGAGGUCGCCCGUACUCCCAAGAUCCCAUCGCCCGAUGUCGAGCCGCCCCGAACACCAAAACGCAAGGCCGAAAACCACCAAGGCAUGGAUGCUGGGACGGGGCGGAAGAGGACUAGAAUGUCUACACGGCAGAGCAAAGCAAAGGGAGCUGAGGCUACCGCGGCCAUGAUGCGACAGGAGACUGUAAUGGAAGUGGCAAGCUCAGCUGGGGAGUAUAUGGAUGAUGAGCCAGAUGAUGGACUCGCUGGAUGUCCAAUAUGCAGAGCCCGUAUGAAGCCAGAACGUGUCUACAACCACCUCGAUAUAUGCCCAGGCGAACCACAAGCGCCACAAACGACGGCAAGCGCACCGCCACUGUCCUUGGGAACAUUGCAAGCACCACCAAAGCCUUUGGAGCGCUUACCUCCUUUAAAUUACUCCAUGCUCAACGAUCAACAGCUGCGAAAAAAGCUCUCGGUACUGGGCAUUUCUACAACAGGCAACCGCCAGCUUCUGGAGAGGCGACACAAGGAAUGGGUCACCAUAUGGAACGCGAACUGCGAUUCCCUUAGGCCAAAGAAGCGCUCAGAACUGCAACAGGACCUUGGGGUAUGGGAGCGGACCGUGGGCGCCCCCGCCCCAUCUCGAGCAACUACUCUCGGCGCUCAGAUCAAGGACAAGGAUUUUGAUGGCGAGGCUUGGGCCACGAAACAUCAGUCGUCCUUCAAGGAUUUAAUAGCAAACGCCCGGAAAUCAAGAACAAAGCCUAAGCAGGAAACUUCCGAGCCAAAUGCACCGCAACAAGAUUUUCCAGAAGGUGCCAUGAAGCCAUUAUUAGAAGCCCCUGAGCAAAGCAGAAGUGAUGAGGUGGUUGACCUGACGAGUCCGGUCCAAGAACCGCCGGAUGUCACCGAAGCGACCAUCUCUGGCUCCGGUACUUCCACGGAUGGUGCUGACUUAUGUGGCAUUAAAGAGCAGUUCGGGGAGAGCUUUAUCCCCAGGACACCAGAGAAAGCACAGUCAUGAUUACGAAUUAAUGUUUUAGAGACUUGCCAGCUCAGAUUUGCUAAAAAGAUAUAUAACGUGCUCGGAAUUGUAAUAGUAUAUGAUUCUGACCACAACGGGUCAAAUACGUUGAUGAUAAUACCGUUAACGUGUUACAAAUCAUGCCUACCCGUCCAAGAAAAAGAAAGUCCGCCGUACGCCAUGUAGAUGCUUAUUACCUGUAAGUUGCGAAUAUGUGAUUUGUUUAUCAGACAGCCGGCUGUGCC